AUGUCUCAGAGCCGGACUAAUACCAUCGAUUCCCAGACGUCGGCACCCUACCUCUCGAGUCAAAACAGCAGCCAAACCAGCUUGAACCGGCAAGAAAACCAAGAUGGCGCAUCCGAGCGCCCCUCGACGUCGUCUACCCGCACGCCUGGCUCCGGCGUCUCCCAAUCACCGGCAAUGCUGGCAGGCUUGGCAACACCUGCAACCUCUACCGCAGGACUAUCGGGGCUAGUCUGCAACGUCCACCGCACUACUGGCAAAGAGCCGCAUCCGCUCGUGGGCGCGACAACCACCAUUCUCGGCGACAAGCUCUACGUCUUUGGCGGCAGGCGGCUUUCACGAACGAGGCCGCAGCUGACGUCCGACCUGUACGAACUCGAUCUCGUCAAGCGCCACUGGACAAAGAUUGAGACCAAGGGUGAUAUUCCGCCGCCGCGCUAUUUCCACAGUGUUUGUGCACUGGGCGACACCAAGCUGGUUUGCUAUGGCGGCAUGUCCCCUGCAAGCUCCUCGUCGAACCAAGCCACGUCGGUGAUACAAGGCGCGCCCGCAGAUGCCCAGCCCGAGGUUGUCGUCAUGUCCGACAUUCACAUUUAUGAUGCGCCCACGCGCACAUGGAUGCACAUUGCCACGAGCGAUGCGCCACAGGGUCGCUACGCCCAUUGCGCCACCAUUCUUCCGAGCUCAGCCGUCUUCAGCUCAACGAGUGCUGCAGUAAGCGCUAUACGGCAUAAUCCACAGUCGUCGAAUCCGAACCAAGGGUCGCUAGGCGUUCAGCUAGACGGUACCGGUGGCGCGGAGAUGCUGGUCGUGGGCGGUCAGGACAGUGCCAAUCACUACAUUGAACAGAUUAGCGUCUUCAACCUCAGGAGUCUCAAAUGGACAGGCACCAGCACACUGGGCAGGAGUUGUGGCGCAUAUCGAAGCGUGGUUGCGCCACUGACCAGUAUUAACCCUAAUGAGAUUGGAGAAGGGAGGCGUAGUGACGACGCAAGAGCACCCGACGAGCAAUACCCCAACGCGAAUGGCGAGUCGUCGAUGCUCAUCUACUCAAAUUACAACUUUCUCGAUGUUAAGCUUGAAUUGCAAGUACGACAUUCCGAUGGCACACUUUCGGAAAAGCCCAUGCACGGCAACUUUUCGCCGCCUGGCCUCCGCUUUCCCAACGGCGGCGUCAUCAACAACCACUUUGUAGUAAGCGGCACAUUUUUAACUUCUUCAAAGCAAGAGUACGCGCUCUGGGCUCUUGACUUGCGCACACUAAGCUGGGGGCGAAUAGAAGCCGGCGGCAAUAUCUUUAGCCAAGGAAGCUGGAAUAGAGGCGUGCUAUGGAAUCGCAGAAACAGUUUUGUAAUUUUGGGCAACCGCAAGCGAAGCCUGGUGGAAGACUACAAUCAUCGGCGCAUCAACUUUUCGAAUAUGUGCGUCGUGGAGCUAGAAGCAUUUGGACUGUACGACAACCCACGUAAAGUUACGCCUGCGUCAGGCUUCACAUCAGUAAGCGCACCGCCACUGCAUGACCGGCUUGACGUGCUUGCUGGUGGCCGGACGCUUCUACCUUCAGCAAUCGAGCUCGGACAGAUGGCCCUGGGCAUGCGCGAGUUCGCCGACAUGGACUUUCUCGCUCUGAAUGGUGAACGCAUUCCCGUCAACUCGCACAUGAUUGCUCGACGCUGGGGCCCUUAUUUCAAUCAGCUCCUCCGCGAGAGUGUACAAAGCGCUGAAAAGGAUACUGCCGACGCAGCAACACUGCGGCCCAGUGCAACGAUGCAUCCGUCACGCAACUCGAGUAUAACCAUUACACCGUCUAUCCGAACAAACUACUCGGCAGCCACGACACUGACUGCCAAUACUAUAACGCCGUCCGAAGCCACGGCUGUGUCGGCCAAUUCUUAUUCUUCACUGAGUCCACCAGAGGCCUCAUCACACGCUCCUGCUCAACGGCCUCGGACACUCUUCUUACCCCACACUCACCUCACCCUUCAAGCACUGAUACACUUUCUAUACACAUCAUCUCUUCCGCCGCAAAACUCGCCACUAUGCUCACCACAGAUACUCUGCUCUCUGCUCCAACUCGCGCGGCCAUACCACAUUGACGGCCUGCUAGAAGCCAUCAUCGAGCGGCUGCACCUGCUACUAGAUAACCGAAACACUGCAGCCAUUUUCAAUGCCGCGGCCAUGGCAGCUGGGGGCGGGUCGGGCAUUGCCUUUAUGGGAGUCAAUGGCGUGUCUGGCACAAACGGCACGUCCAAUGGGCUUUCGGCGUCUCAGUCGAGCGCCAAUAGCACCGGUGGCGAUGUUGAACGCAGUCUUGACGCGGGCCUCCGUGCGCUCCGGCUCAACACGGACGUGGAGCGGCAGCAUGACGACGAGGUCAGCUCGGCCGUGUCAGAGUCCACAUCUGCAUCUGCGUCGGAUAGCGGUCUCGGCGACGGCAGCGUCAUCGAGGACCGGGAAACGUGGAACGGCGAGAUGAGCGCUGUCGUAGGUCUGCAGAAGCGUGGCCUCAGAGGCCUCAUGGAGGGCCGCAGGAUCCGCGAAAUGGGCCGAAGUAGAGAUCGAAGUAGGGAAGAUGCUGGCGCCAUGGGCAACGGCGAUGGCGUCGGCCUUGGCUUGCAAGGAGCAUGA